GUGGGACGUGAUGACGAACUUGAACGGAAAAUGGAAAUUCUAGAGAUUGAGUGAUUGAACUCUGAAUGUAAGCUAAUCUACUCAAUAUGAAUACUUGUAAUGACAAAGGAAUCAGAGUUGACUAGAACUGCCCUAAGAAAAUAAAGACGCCAAUAUAACAUCAGACUAUCAAAGUAAUCGCAACUUUUCACAAUAAAAGAGGAAUAUCCAUCAAGAACACUGGCAGUCUUGCAGAAACAGUUCUUUAGGGGGAGUUAGGUGAAAGGGAGAUGCUGAAGCGAGCCUCCGCGGGGCUCGGGGCAGCCGUUGGGUGGGCGCGGGGGCUCUGACGCCUCUGCCCGCUGCAGUGGGAGAGCUCGCCAUCCACUCCGCCGGUUAUGGUGCCCAGUCGCACCAACGUGGCUGCCGGGAUCCCCAGUAGCAAAGUGAAAUACUCAAAGCUCUCCAGCACUGACAGUGGACACAUUCAUCGUCAGAAGGAAACAUUACCUGCCGAAGCGAGCUUUAAGUUGCAAAGAUGUACAGUGAGAGCUCACAUAUUAAAGUUUAAGAGAAGCUCUACUAAGAUUCCUUAUAAGGCCAUUGCCUGUGCCACCGCUCAGUUUUUGAUUGGUACCUUUCUCAUUAUCGUGGGCUGCCUCCUGCUGGCGGGCCACAUCAGCAAAGUGGGCGCCAACCGGGCCGUUCCGGUUCUGAUUGUUGGUAUCCUCGUGUUCCUGCCCGGGUUUUACCACCUGCUCAUCGCCUACAGAGCGCACAGGGGCUGCCAGGGCUACUCCUUCAGUGACCUUCCAACCUGCGAUGAUUAGCCCCCACCGCAGCCAGGAGAAGAGGACUCACUGGGGGGCGGGGGGGGGGGGUGACGGGAGCCUUAAAGCCUUUGGAUGAGGCUGUGGAAACCUAUGCCUCGGGACUAAGGAACUCUGCAGCUUUGUAUAUAUUUAGCAAAACUAUGGCCAGGUCUUAUAAAUUCAUCCCCAAAAUGUUCACUGAGCUUACAGUUAGCCAAACAGAAAGCUAAGAAGUGAGCCAUUUUUGUUUUCCUGGCCCUGGCUUAAACCCCUGACAAAUGUUUCCACAUGGAUAUACAGAGUGGAAGAAAAGCAAUGUUAAUUGUGCUGGAAAGUGAUGUUAUUUUGUAGAACAAAAUGUUGCCCCCACCACCCUAUUUAGAGCUGAACAUCUCUUUUAAGUAGUUCUCGUUGAUAAUUUUAUCUUGUGGCAAAUGGAAAAAUGCAGUAUGUCUACUUUCAUAUUAGUUAAGUAACUUAUUUGGAAAAUUUCUGAGUAUUUUAUCCUCCAUGCUUAUCGUCAAUUUUGUAGUCUAUGGAUAUCUUGGUAAAAUCAAUAUCAACGUAGGAGAAAUAAAGAGAACAAUACAGUUGUGUUGUGUGGAGCUGUAGAGUGAGAUAAAAGUGGUUUUACAUCCCAGAUGCCAACUUUUUAGCUGUGUAACCCUGGACAAAUUAUCCUAAUAUUCUGAGACAGAGUUUGGGACCAUAAUUCUUACUGUUUGAGGUUUCUGUAGAGGUCAAAUAUAGUAUUUAUAUUAACAACAUUGCACAGAGGUGUUCGCCAAAGUGUUAAUUCCUCACUGUAAGAUAGGAUUUUAUGGAAGAUUGCACAUAAAAUUGACUAAAGCCACAAGGGAAGUGCUUCCAUUCGAGUUAACCUAGGAAAGGUGGCAACCCAAGAGAAUGAGGCUGCUCAUCUAUAAAGUCAUCUCUUAGUUUAAAUCAGGUCACUGGAUUGUUUUUUAUUCAUGUGCGUAUCUUUUCCUUUUGAGUCCUAUAUAAGAAUAGGGCAGAUACAGGAUUUGUGGCACCUAAGGUUUAUGUAAUUUGGAGGGGUCUCUUAAGAAAAUACAAAAUUAAGUGUCAUGCAUAGCAAAGGGCCUAUAUUAAGUAUCAUUAGCUCUGUGGUACAUCUGGCUUUCUAGAGAAAGUAAAGGAUCUGGAGAAAAGGACUGAAUGUGGGGACAUAUCAGCAGUUAAGGCUGUAGUUCCAGAUU